CCAAUAAAUAGCAGAUGUCAUGUCUAGUCGGCAAGUCAAAAAUACUCUCUCCCUUCCACAAAACCAAUGAGGCCCUACCGUUAGGUACUCACAGAAUCCUUGUUAGUCACCUCUUUGCUCUUCAUCUUCUCCAAAUCGGAACUGUGGAGAUCGAUGGGUCACCGGAGAAAUGGUGGUGUUGUUGAAGAAAAUGGAACGGUGAUCGGAAAUUGAUAGUUUUACCUGAAAUAAGAAAUGAACAUUCAGCAACUCAAAUUUUUAGCUAAACUUGCCCUAUUUUUCUUUAUUAUAGUAAUCGCCACUGUUGAUGGCUACUUAACAUGGCUUAUCUCUACUUCCGCUUCCAUUCUGUUAGCUGAUCUUUUUUCAGUACUUAUCCACCGCUACUGCCCUUAUAUCUCUCGUCUUUAUCAUUUCUUCUACCUUGAAAAUCCUAGACGAACACGUCGUCAUUCUGAUAUCCUAGCGCCAUUAGUAGCGCUAUUCGUAGCGCCACUGUUAAGUCACAAAUUAUUUGAUGACAUAAAUGUGACUGCUUGUAUGGUGGUAGCAACUGCAUUUUACCUUCCAAUGAUGCAUCACUUUGGUAGACCUAGAAAAUUUCGGGUAUUGAAUGUGUUAUUUAUGCUUUCUGUUAAUAUUUGUUAUGGGGAAUUUGGAUUUGGGCCUAAUACUUGUGCAUCAGUUGCUUUUUUCACUUACAUUGCUGUGUUGGCGGGGCAAGUAGAGGCAGGUGCAGCUUAUGAGGAUGAUCUUCACCAUUUGACGUUGAAUCAGAUUAUGUCGAAUUUGAUGAUAGUUUAUUGAAGAAGGGAACAUGGCUGCCGCGGGUGGUUGUUACCUAUUUACAGCUGUAACAGAGAUGAAGAUCAGAAUAGAUGAAAGGUAGCUUCAUGUUUAUACAAACUGUAGCAAGCUUUUCAUUUUCAAUUCCAAUUCCAAUGCACACAUGGUUUCUAUAUUUGGUCAUGAACUUUAUUGUAACUGUUGGAAAUUAACUCUUGUUGUUGGUAACCAGUUACAUCAAUGUGUUAAGUUGGCCUUUUCUAAGUUUUCACUAAGAAGUUGAUGUAGAAAUAAAGUACUCCUAGGAAGCUUUUAUUCCUUUUUAUAUGUCAUGUUCACAUCAAUAAGAUUAGGCAUUGAUUUCACCUUUUUCAGAAAACAAAUUUCAAAUUUGUGAAUGCUACAUAUCUACACUGGGGAGUGGGGACUCAACAUUUACAGCCUUCACCUAAUUUUUUUUGUUUGUUUUGUGGUCUAUUUAGUGAUUUCAAAUGGUAAAGAAUUUGAAUACAUAGAGGUCAAAGAAGGCUUUAUGUUGCUUUUUUCUGUGAAAGAAAAUCUUCUAUUUGAAGCUCUUUAUUAUUCUAUCUUCUUUUUCCUUUAAAUUUUAUUCUCUUUUCUUAGAGAUUAAUUAUCUUUAAAGCUUGAAAAAACAUGUUGAGUAAACUGACAACUCCAGAAGUCAAUUAAAGUUUUUAAUAAUUUUUUUUUUUUUACAUUAGUAAGUGCAUUGUAAGCUGAGCUACAAUGCACAUUAAAUUUCAAAUAGUAGAUGAAGGGAAAAAAAAAAGAAAACCGGAAAUGACUUCAAAAUGGAUUAAAAGCACUUCUUUAAUAUUAUCUUAAA